CGAGUAUGAGGCUGUCAUCUGUUCGAGGCUGUGCUGUGAGAACGACGCUGACAUGUGGGGAGACAUGUUGUCUUGCUGCAUCUCUGGAUGAGCUGCUGCAAACCUAAACCUCAGUGCGAUCACUCGCUGCUUUGACCACGAUGACGGACACACGACUGAUCUCAGGAGCAUUCGACCAAGGUGGCAGCAGCAGUGACGGAGGCAGCAGAUCCUCCGAUCAUCCACAUAAAGGGAUAGUGUUGAAGCCGAUGACUGUGGGACUCUUAUAAACUGUCAACAAUACAAUGAACACCACUGUUACACCAUCAGACCUGGUGGAUGUGCCGAGACAUCAGUCCGUCAAUGGCACCCUGGGCAACCAAACUCCAUCCGGCUGGGCCGUGAUUCACACCGCCACCUUGACCUUCUGCUCCCUGCUCCUGAUCUUCAUCUUCUGCCUGGGCUCCUAUGGGAACCUCGUGGUGUUCCUGUCCUUCUUCGACCCGGCCUUCCGCAAGUUUCGCACAAACUUCGACUUCAUGAUCCUCAACCUGUCCUUCUGUGACCUGUUCAUUUGCUGUGUGACUGCUCCCAUGUUCGCACUGGUGCUCUUCCUGGAUGCAGGCGGAGGGGACGGCGUGUCGAAGAGCUUUUGCUUUGCCUUCCACCUGACCAGCUCGGGCUUCAUCAUCAUGUCCCUGGAGACGGUUGCUGUGAUCGCCCUGCACAGACUGCGCAUGGUUUUGGGACAGCAGCCCAACCGCACCGCCUCCUUCCCCCGCACGCUGGUCCUCACCGCCCUGUUGUGGACGUCCAGCUUCACCAUGGCCUCCCUCCUGACCAUGAGAGCGUACCCACAUAGAGAUGGACCCUGCUUGCCCUACUUCGGCCUGGGAGGUGGACAGGCAAGGGUUGUGUUGUAUGUCUAUCUGGCAGACUUUGCCUUUUGUGUAGCUGUGGUGUCUGUGUCCUACUUGAUGAUUGCGCAAACCCUGAGGAAGAAUGCACAAGUGAGGAAAUGCCCCAUCAUCACAGUAGAUGCCACGUGUCCUCCGCCCCCUCCACCUCUCAUUGCAGCAGGCUUUGAGAGCAUGCAGUGUGCUGUCCAAGGCCCCUCUCUGUACCGCAACCAGACUUACAACAAACUGCAGAAUGUUCAGACACACUCAUAUGCCAACAGGACCGGCCACCCUCUGGUCCCCGGUGCUGCCCAAGGAGCCACCUGCUGUCAGUUGGUGUCUACGGUCAACUUGGCCACAGCCAAAGACUCUAAGGCAGUGGUCACCUGUGUUGUUAUAGUGUUCUCUGUGCUGUUGUGCUGCUUGCCAAUGGGGGUUUCACUGGCACAGGACGUUUUGUCACCAGAAAGCAGCUUUGCACAUUACCAGUUUGAACUGUGUGGCUUUGUGCUCAUUUUUCUCAAGUCGGGCAUCAAUCCCUUUGUGUACUCGCGCAACAGCGCGGGCCUCCGCCGCCGCGUGCUGUGCUGUAUUCAGUGGGCGGCGCUGGGCUUUCUCUGUUGCAAGCAAAAGACUCGUCUGCAUGCGAUGGGGAAGGGCAGCCUGGAAGUCAAUCGCAAUAAAUCCUCCCAUCAUGAAACCAACUCGGCCUACGUGCUGUCUCCCAAGCCACAGAGGAGGCUAGUGGACCAGGCCUGUGGGCCCAGUCACUCCAGGGAUUGCGUUGGUAGUCCAAGGGCCACAGGUGCUCGCAAACCUCGCCCCCCCAGCACCUCUACACCCAUCAACACCCGCAUUGAGCCCUACUACAGCAUAUACAACAGCAGUCCCUCUGCAGGGCCCAGCUCCCCCACCAGCCUGCAGCCUGUCAGCUCUCAGACAUUUGCCUUUGCCAAGUCAUAUGUAGCCAUGCACUACCACACUCACCAAGAUGCACUGCAAGACUUUGAGAGCACCUCAGUGCACCAGAUUCCCAUUCCCUCAGUCUGAUCCAAGAGAUCUCAAACAAGGAUUUGGACGAUCUCACCCUGGCUUUAAAUCAAAUGUGAAUCAAAAGAGGAAUAUGGACAGCAUCCGAUGUAUGUAUCUGGGAUCAUAAUCAGUCUCUAGUUCUCUUUUACAGUGGACGUACAUGUCGAGUUUUCUUGAGUGGAACAUUUACAGAACCAGUCAUAAGCUUUGCCAUGAAAACAUGCAAGAGAUUUUUGCAAAUGAGAGUGUCUGUUCUAAAAAGUUAUUUAAUGUUACUGAAUUAACUUUCUUUUUUCUUUAACACAUGCAUUUUCACAUAAAUCUGCCCCUGCGUUGUACACGCAUGUGCCGUCAUAACCCAAGACUGUAGUUUGUCACUGCAGCGACCGGCUGCAGCUGCUGGUUUCACUGCUGCAGAGUCUUUGGCUGAAGUUGCUGUGAAACCCCGCACAGGCCCACACAUGGAUGUCGAUGGCAUGUGGCUGC